CUCAUUUCAAAAAAAAAAAAAUCAAAAUAUCCUGUAACCUAAAAGUAUCCAAAAUUUCACGGGCAAGUUGAAAAACCCUUCAUAAACCCCUUUCCUCCACCUCUAGAUUCUCUCCAUUUCCGGACCCCUUAUCACCACCGGAAACCGGCAAACCCAGCUAACUCUCUCUCCUCCACAACCCCUUUUGAUGCCUUUAAGACCACCACCACUCCGGUCCUUUCUCUCUCCUCUUCCGGUAUCACUUUACCCUCCUAUGUCCCUUAAUUCAAUUCGGCAACCCUAUUUUUCAAUUCCCACUUUCCGUCGCAUCUUUCCUUUAAAGCUCAAAUAUUUAGGGUUAGGGUUUCCACAAACCCACAAAUUUUCUACCAGCCCAUUUCGACCCAGGUCCAGUUCUGGGCCCAAAUACCCGCGCGACGUCGUUCCAAAGGCAGCCCCAGUGUCAAAAAGCUUAGCUGAGGAUGAAGAUGAGUUGAAUAAUUGGGUGAGUGGUUUAAGGACUAGUUCUUUUAGGUCUGGGGUUUUGACUGAGGACGAAGAAGAUAGUGGUAGAGGGAGAGGGAAGAUAAGGGGUAGUAUUGGUCAAAUGGGCAAGAGGGGUAGAGAUAGUAAUUUUGGUUCUGAGGGUAUUGAUGAGGAUAAGGGUUUACGGAAAUUCGGUAAGAAGGGUUUCCGGGAUUCGGGUAAUUCCGGUGCUAUGAGUAAUUCACCGAGGUUCGAGAGGAAAUUUGGGGGUGAAGAUGAUAGGAAAAGAGAUGGGGUGAGAGAAGGUGUGAGGGGAAAUGAAAGGGAUUUCGGAGCGAGGAAUGGUCGGGAUUCUAGUAAUACUUCCAAGUUUGUGAGGAGGGUUGGUGGUGAAGACGGGGGAAGGGAUAUGAAGAAAAGAGUUGGGGGGAGAGAUUUUGUGAAAGGGAAAGGGGGAGGUGAGAAAACUGUUGUGAAGCGAGCUGCAUUUGUGUCGGAGGAUGAUGAUGAUGAUGAUGAUGAUGAUGAGAUUGAGACAGAGCAUGAGAAGAAGAAGUCGGUUUCUGGGUUUUUGGAUUUGAUUGGUGGGGAAGAUAGUGAAGAGGAAUCUGACGAAGAGGAUGAUGAAAUUGUGAUCAAGAGUAGAAGUUCUUUAUUUGCAAAUGAGGGCGAGAAACCUAGUUCUGGACCUAGCUCAUCUGAUAGAGGUGAUUCGGAGUCGUAUCUUAGUGAUACCAGGUUUGAUCAAUGUGCUAUAUCACCCUUGUCUUUGAAAGCAAUCAAAGAUGUUGGCUACGAGAAGUUGACCAUGGUGCAAGCGGCAACUCUCCCUGUUAUCCUAAAAGGUAAAGAUGUUAUGGCUAAGGCUAAAACAGGCACAGGAAAAACUGUUGCAUUUUUGCUUCCGUCCAUCGAAGUGGUGAUAAACACCCCUCCUGCUAGUCGUGACCAGAAGAGACCACCAGUUCUUGUUCUUGUAAUAUGUCCAACGCGAGAGCUUGCUAGUCAAGCUGCUACAGAAGCUAAAACUUUGCUCAAGUAUCAUCCUACUAUUGGUGUCCAAGUUGUUAUUGGUGGUACUAGGCUUGCUGUUGAGCAGAAGCGUAUGCAGGCAAAUCCUUGUCAGAUUCUUGUAGCUACACCUGGGCGGCUUAGGGAUCAUAUGGAGAAUACUGCAGGAUUCGCCACUCGGCUUAUGGGUGUGAAAGUUCUUGUACUUGAUGAAGCUGAUCACUUGUUGGACAUGGGAUUUCGCAAGGACAUUGAGAAAAUAAUUGCAGCCACUCCCAAACAGCGGCAAACACUACUGUUUUCUGCCACCGUCCCGGAUGAUGUACGUCAAAUCAGCCAUAUCGCUUUAAAAAGAGAUCAUGAAUUUAUCAGUACUGUUCUAGAAGGCAGCGAGGAGACACAUGCAAAGGUUAGGCAGAUGCAUUUAGUUGCUCCCUUGGAGAAUCAAUUUUCUCUAAUAUACACUAUUCUGAAGGAGCAUAUUGCGGAUGAUGUCAACUAUAAGGUUCUUGUAUUCUGUACGACAGCAAUGGUGACAAGAUUAGUUGCGGAUCUUCUUGGUGAGCUUAACAUGAAUGUUCGUGAGAUUCAUUCUAGGAAACCACAGAGUUACAGAACCAGAGUGUCUGAUGAGUUUCGCAAGUCAAAGGGUAUUAUUCUUGUCACGUCUGAUGUGUCAGCACGUGGAGUUGAUUAUCCAGAUGUUUCGCUUGUUAUACAGAUGGGAGUGCCGUCAGGUAGAGAACAAUACAUACAUCGGCUAGGAAGAACAGGACGUAAAGGCAAAGAAGGGGUAGGGAUACUUAUGUUGGCACCAUGGGAAGACAUCUUCUUAAAGUCAAUAAAGGAUCUUCCUAUUACCAAGGCAACACCGCCAACGGUUGACCCUGAUAUGAAGAAGAAAGUGGAGCGUGGGUUAUCAAAUGUAGACAUGAAGAACAAGGAAGCAGCAUAUCAGGCAUGGCUUGGGUACUAUAAUUCAAAUAAGAGUGUUGGACGAGAUAAAAUUAGACUUGUAGAGCUUGCGAAUGAGUUUAGUCGGAGCAUGGGACUCGACACUCCUCCCGCCAUCUCCAAGCUUAUUCUUGGCAAGAUGGGCUUAAAGAAUGUCCCUGGUUUACGUGUUAAAUAGAGACAUAAUUAAUUGUUCUGUCAAAAUUUUGGGGUUAUAUAACAAGCAAUUUUUCAAGCUUGUAACAUUUUAGUUUUGGUUUUUAAUUAUAGGAAAUCUUGUAAGUUUGACACUUUAUUGGCAGUAGGAAUUUUUAUAAUUAUUUGUAUUCUUUGUAAUUUAAGCAUACAUCGUAAAAUAUCUUUGGCAUGCAUCGA